GAGCAAUAAGCGGUGAUUUUUUUUAAAAACACUCUGCACCCCUCCUUUCCGAUUUUGAAUCAACGCACUUAAUGCACUUAGCGCACCAGGAAUAGCUCCGUAAAUUAACGCCAAGCAAAGGAAUUGUUUAUGAGGAAGCCAGCUUCUGUAUAUUACACAUGGAAACAGCUGCUCUUUGUGGAUUUAUGCCAUGGGACUAGGAGGCCAGGUAGUUGUAAUCAAAAUUUUCUGGGGCUAUAGAUGGCCUGAUGAUUGGAUAACAGACAUAAUAACUCUCGUGUCCUUUUAAACCUUGCAACUAAGUGAGAUGCAAAGAUCCCUGGGAGAUGGAGGACGAGGAUUGUGAAAGUGUGGAAUGCAAUAAUUGUCCAGUCAACAGCUGAGGGUAACUGCAUGGCUUCUGGAGGAAUGGGCUAUAUCAGCCAUCAUGUGACUGCCAAUAUUAGUACUUGAUUUGAUGAUCCAGCAGGAUCUUCUUACUGUUUCGUCAGUGGUUUAUUUAUGGGAAAAUCAUGGUUUAUUCUCCACUUUUGACUGCACAUGCAGGAAACUCAAAUAGCACAAUUGUCACUUAUGAAAAUGCCUAUUUCAACUCUACAGCACAUCCUGUAAUUCACAGUGAGAUGGAAGUUUCUGUUACCGAACGAUCAGCUACUUACAAAGCUUCAGAAGGGAACUCUAUGGAGAAUAGCACAGCAAUCCCCUCUCAGUCAGCCUAUGGGGGAAUAGGCCUUCCUCUGCAGGUCCUCCUCUCUGCAGUUAUGGUGGUGAUAGCUUUAAUUUCUUUCUUGGGGAACUUUAUUGUCUGUCUCAUGGUCUAUCAGAAGGCAGCUAUGCGAUCAGCCAUCAAUAUUCUCCUGGCAAAUUUAGCCUUUGCAGACAUGAUGCUUGCAGUAAUGAAUAUGCCUUUUGCCCUGAUCACUAUCAAUACCACUUACUGGAUCUUUGGAGAUAUCUUUUGCAGGGUGUCUGCCAUGUUUUUCUGGCUUUUCGUGAUAGAGGGAGUAGUUAUCUUGCUUAUAAUUAGUAUUGAUCGAUUUCUCAUUAUUGUUCAACGUCAAGACAAACUGAACACUUAUCGUGCUAAGCUGCUUAUUGCCAUCUCUUGGGGAAUGGCAUUCUGUAUGGCUUUUCCCCUUGCAGUUGGUAGUCCAGAUCUACCAGUACCAUCUCGAGCUCCACAGUGUGUUUUUGGGUAUUCUACGGACCCUGGUUAUCGGGUGUAUGUUCUGUUAAUAAUAAUAGUGUUUUUUUUCAUCCCAUUCAUGCUGAUGCUAUACUCUUUUAUGGGUAUCCUAAAUACUGUUCGGCACAAUGCAAUUCGGAUCCACAGCAACUCAGAUGGCAUUUGUUUGGGCCAAGCAAGUAAGCUCGGGCUUAUGAGCCUGCAGAAACCGUGCCAGCUAAGCAUUGACAUGAGCUUCAAAACUCGUGCCUUCACCACCAUCUUGAUCCUCUUCAUUGUCUUCACUUUCUGCUCAGCACCAUUCACCACAUACAGCCUUGUUUCUACUUUCAACAAAAGCUUUUACCAUAAAGUUAACUUCUUUGAAAUAAGCACGUGGUUUCUUUGGUUAAGCUACCUCAAAUCUGCACUUAACCCAUUAAUUUACUAUUGGAGAAUUAAGAAAUUCCGGGAUGCUUGCUUGGAGCUGAUGCCAAAAACCUUUAAGUUCUUGCCUCAGCUGCCUGGACGCACCAGAAGACGCGUUCGUCCAAGUGCCAUUUAUGUGUGUGGUGAACAUCGAUCUGUUGUUUGAUAUGCUCUACAUGUUUUUUUUAAAUGGGCACUGCCAGCGCAAUAUUGGCCAAUUGUUUUGUCUGGAAUACUUUUUUCCCCAAAAAUCUCCUUCCUACCUAAACGGCCCUAUUAUUCAUUUUUGAUUGUUCUCCUAUGUUAUUUAAAUUGUGAAUCAAUGUUUCUGCAAUGUAAAUUUGAAAAAUAUUGCCUGUGCAAUUUGUAUAUUUUUGGACACUCUGCUGAUGGCAGGCAGGCUGUGCUUCAAAGCUUGUGAAUUGUUGUCUACUGGUUUGGUGCUGCUGAAGUGGUGAAAAUGUGCAAUUCUGUGUUUUGUGUUCUGACCACUAAGUGAAAUUGACCUUUUAUUGAUGAUAGGAAUUAAGCACAAUUGACCUCUCAGGCAAUCCAUAAGAAAUAGCAACUGUAUGCCAAUUGCCUUGUUAUUUUUGCUGGUUGAUGGAUGGGGCUUGGGGAAAUCUUAGGAGGUUUUUAACUUCUAUUUAGUUCACUACUGUACAAUAUAGAAUCGAUGUUUGAAAAUGGUUGAUGGAAAAUUAUUUUCAUGCUUGUUUCCGUUGUAACUUGCUACAUAGUUCUAUUUUUGUUUAUACUGGUAGUCUUGCAGAGUUUGGGUAAUUCCAUUGCUAAUGUAUGAUGCAUGCAGGACAGAGUGGUAUACUCAGGGAAUAAUGAAUUUAUUACUAUGAAUUAGCCGGUGCUUGAUUCUGAUGUGGGUUAACUUUGCUGAAAUACAUUGUGGCUCUGUUAAUUUCUGUAGUGACCAAUAAUAAUUCUCAUGAGUACAGUCACUUGAAAGCUGCAAAAGAAAAUUAUGGUUUUAAAAUGUGCUUAUAUAUUUAGAUAUGGAGUGUAAAGAUUAUUAUUGUUAAUAAAUAGAGUACUGGACAGAUUUUAAUUCAGUUGUUGAUUUACCAGAUUAUGC